GAUGACGAAUAACCAUCAGAAUCUUGACCCUAGCACUUCGCUGUCCACAACUUCAGGAAUUUCGCCACUAUAUUCUGCUUCUGCCUCCAUCGACAAGCUCUCCGAAUCCAUCACUUUUGGGACUACAAUGGGUGGAACUACUGAGGCUGCCAACUCCCAAGACACACGGGACUACAUCAUCACCUUUAAGGCUGAGACUACCACCGAGGAACUCGACAAGUACGAGAAAGAUAUAUUAAGCAAAGGCGGAAAAAUUCGACACAAGUAUGAUUCCACGAUCAUGAAAGGUUUCGCGGUCUCUGUUCCAGCCAACAGCCUUCAAGCUCUCUCAGACAACCCUGGUAUCCAGAACGUUGAACCGGAUCAGGUAGUGACCACCCAGUAGACUCUUGUCACACUCUUGAUGUAUUAGCGGUUGUAAUUUUAGCCUUGGUCAUGUCUUGCUAUCAUCAAUUUCUCCAUCUUGCAGAAUAUGUUGCGUAUCGUGUAAUACUUCGUAGUCGAUUAGUUUUGGCUGAAAGUUGUGACAGCUAUACUCAUCUAUAUAAGUGAUCAUAGUUCACCAUGACAGAAUCCGAAUGUAUGAGCGUUCCAGAGCUCGUCAUCAG